UAUCAUGUUUCGCAGGUGAUGUUUCGACACGGAUUAUAAAAGAGAAACACUCGUUGUCCUGUAAAAAACUCAAAAAAGACUGUUCGCUGCAUAGGCACGGGUUUGUAAAUCCUAGCCGUGCUAGUUGGUUGUUGUGAAAAUACCAGUCAUAAUGGAUGAAGAACCAGAGAGAACCAAACGCUGGGAAGGUGGCUAUGAGAGGACAUGGGAAAUUUUGAAGGAGGAUGAAUCAGGGUCACUCAAAGCCACAGUUGAAGAGAUCCUGUUCCAGUCCAAAAGGGACCGGAUAGUUAAAAGCUGUGGCCAAAUAAGACUUGGAAUGAUGCGGCAUCUUUUUGUGGUGAUUGACUCUUCUAGAAGUAUGGAGGAUCAAGACUUAAAACCAAACCGUCUCACUGCAACUCUUAAGCUUAUGGAAGCUUUUAUUGAAGAAUAUUUUGACCAGAAUCCUAUUAGCCAGGUUGGAAUAAUCAUUACCAAAAAUAAAAGAGCCGAGAAGCUCACUGACCUUUCAGGGAACCCCAAAAAGCACAUCGCCGUUCUAAAGAAAGCAGUAGACACUGUGUGUCUUGGAGAACCAUCUUUAUACAAUUCCCUGAACUUGGCGUUACAGACCCUGAAACACAUGCCAGGACACACAAGCCGGGAGAUUUUGAUUAUCCUCAGCAGCCUUACCACAUGUGACCCAGCCAACAUCUAUGAGAUGAUCCAGACCAUGAAGUCAUUGAAGGUGCGGGUGUCUGUGAUCGGCCUGUCAGCAGAGGUUCGGGUGUGUACCAUGUUGACAAGGGAGACUGGCGGCACAUACCAUGUCAUCUUGGAUGAGAGCCAUUUCAAAGAAUUACUUCUCACGCUGCACGUGAAACCUCCCCCUGCCAACUCCUCAUCUGAGUGCUCUUUAAUACGAAUGGGUUUUCCCCAGCAUACCUUUAGCUCUAUGGCUGACCAGAAUGCCAAACCCUCUUUCAGCAUGGCUUUAUUAGAUGGCGGUAACGAUCCAGGCCUGUCUCUAGGAGGAUACUUUUGUCCACAGUGCCAUGCUAAAUACACAGAGCUUCCAGUGGAAUGUAAAGUUUGUGGUUUGACUCUUGUGUCAGCACCACAUCUCGCCAGAUCAUUUCACCACCUCUUCCCCCUACAUGCCUUCACUGAAACACCAUUAGGAGACCACCCAGAUAAAAGGUUCUGUGAUUCUUGUCAAGGAGAAUUGAAAGAUAAAAGAAUGUUCACCUGCUCAUCUUGUAAUAAUAUAUUUUGUGUGGAGUGUGAUCACUUCAUUCACGACUCCCUACACUGCUGCCCUGGCUGUGUUCACAGUCAACAAGCUCCUUAAAGUCCUGCUGCCACCAUUUUUUUUUUAAAUUUAAAAAUCCAUUGGAAAGAGUCGAACAGAUCCAUAAAUUGUGAAAUUGAUUCAUGGGGGGGGGGUACUUUAUUGUUUGACAAACUUUCAUCAGAGCUUUCAUACAACAGUACCGUAAUUUUUGGAUUAUAAGGGGCACUUGAUUAUAAGCCGCACCCACCAAAUUUGACACAAAACGGCAUAUGUUCAUAAACCACACCGGACUAUAAGCAACAGGUGUCCUCACUUUAUUAUGGGAGAUUUACACCAAAAGAUGUUAACCAGUAACACUUUAUUUGAAAGCGGCGUCAUAAGACUGUCAGAAGACUGUCAUAAUUAUGACAUGACACUGCCAUGAGCAUGAAUGAAUGCUUAUGACAGAUGUCAUUAGGUGUCAUGUGGCAAAUUAUCUCAGUUUUGAAUGGAUGUAGAAGAAGAAAGGAAGAUCCGGACUGGACAUAAAUGGAGUUAGUGACAAAUUUGCCAGAUGACACUUAAUGACAUCUGUCAUAAGCAUUCAUUAAUGCCCAUGACAGAGGGGGAUAAAAGUAGGGGCUUAAAGUCCAAAAAUUACGGUAAAUUGAAACACCAGCAAUAUGUGUCAUUUAUUGUAUUGUGUAUUGAAGUUACAACAUUUUUUACUGGAUAAAGCUGAAAUGUUAUUUGCUUUCUUUCUUGCAAUCUGACUUUUUUUCCACCCUUACCCCAGUCUAGUGGCAUAGGGAUGUGUUCAGACCUCGCUUCUUUUUAGUAUUGAUGGCCAAAUGAAGCUUCCUGAACCUAUGGCACUGUCAUUUAAACUGUCAGUGACGACCUCUUGGCUUGUGCGGCAACAGUGAAUUUGGGGGAUUAAAAAAAAAAAAUAUAUAUAUAUUUUUUUUAAACUAAUUUCGGAGUAAUGCUUACGAAAGUUAUUAAUGUAAAUAAUAAAAGAAACCGCACAAUCUGGGUCAAUUUUUUUUAAAAAAAUCCAGUUGGAGACAAGAUUUUUGUUGAAAUUGAUGCAUUGUUUUCAAAUCUACUUGUGAAGAAAAUGGUAGACAUAAACUGAUAAUGGGACCUUGUG